GGCACAGGGCUCGCGCCGCAGAGGCCGGGGAGGCUCCGGCGGCCACGCCGCGGAGGGCGCGGGUCGAGGGGUCGGGUCCUGGGGGCGCGCGCUCAUGGAGGCCGCGCGGGCGGACGCCUGAGAGCAGCGGGGCGAACCGAGCAGGUCACCUCACGCAUCUUUCGAGCCGCCUCGCGCCAGCGGCACCCGGCACCCGGCACCCGGCACCUGGCGGCGGGCCGCGGAACCGGCGCGGCCAUGGCGACGGGCACUCAGCAGAAGGAGAACACACUGCUUCACCUCUUCGCCGGCGGGUGUGGGGGAACAGUUGGUGCUAUCGUCACUUGUCCACUAGAAGUCAUUAAGACUAGGUUGCAGUCUUCAAGAUUAGCUCUUCGGACACUCUAUUAUCCUCAGGUCCAUCUGGGGACCAUUAGUGGAGCUGGAAUGGUGAGACCAACGUCAGUGACACCUGGACUCUUACAAGUUCUGAAGUCGAUCUUGGAGAAGGAGGGACCAAAGUCACUUUUUAGAGGCUUGGGUCCAAAUUUGGUUGGAGUUGCACCAUCAAGGGCUGUGUACUUCGCGUGUUACUCCAAGGCCAAAGAGCAGUUCAAUGGCAUUUUCGUGCCUGACGGCAAUGUCGUGCAUAUUUUCUCGGCUGGCUCUGCAGCUUUUAUCACAAAUUCCUUAAUGAAUCCUAUAUGGAUGGUUAAAACCCGGAUGCAACUAGAGCGAAAAGUGCGCGGCUCCAAGCAGAUGAACACGCUCCAGUGUGCUCGCCACGUUUACCAGACGGAAGGCAUUCGUGGCUUCUACCGGGGAUUAACUGCCUCGUAUGCUGGAAUUUCAGAAACUGUCAUCUGUUUUGCUAUUUACGAAAGCUUGAAGAAGUAUCUGAAAGACGCUCCAUUAGCCCGUUCCACAAAUGGGACUGAGAAGAAUUCCACAAAUUUUUUUGGACUCAUGGCAGCUGCUGCUGUUUCUAAGGGAUGUGCAUCCUGUAUCGCUUAUCCACACGAAGUCAUAAGGACGCGGCUCCGGGAGGAAGGCACCAAGUACAAGUCUUUUGUGCAGACCGCUCGCCUGGUCUUCCGGGAAGAAGGCUACCUUGCCUUUUAUAGAGGACUCUUUGCCCAACUCAUCCGGCAGAUACCAAAUACUGCCAUUGUGUUGUCCACCUAUGAGCUAAUUGUGUACCUGUUAGAAGACCAUCCUCAGUAACAGGCCAAAAAAUUGUGCUCUAGAAGAAUAAAACUGAAAAACGCGAUAGAGAAUUUUUUUUUUCCAUUGAUGUUUAGAAUGUUUGAGACUGAAACAGGAAAGGCCAUAAAAUACUUGGCUCAUGUCACCUGUUGGACAUUUCCUUUUGGAUUCAUGUUUUCUGGAAGGUUUAAAUUCAUGAACAUUAAUAGUUAAUUAUAACUUUUGUGUUGUUGUUUUUUUUUUAACUUAAGAGGAUUCAGGAUUAAGCAGCAACUAAAUUAAAUCAUGCUAUUUAAUUUAAGUAUAAA